CUGCUAUUAAGGAAAUAGGGUGAAAAGGUAUGUAAUGCUGGAGGUGUUUUAGGGAGACGUUAGUCUGUACUCUAUAAAAUAUGUGAAUACAGAAUCAUUUUCAGCUCACUGUAGUCUUCAUGUGAGGUGUGCAAUAUAAUUUGCAGUGCAUUUCUUAGUAGACUUGCAAAAAUUAAUUAUGUGGUUCGUUUAAAUAAAAUUCCUGCUAAUCGUCAAACCAAUAAAUUCAGGAAAUUUGGUUAGUUCUCCAAGGAAUCGAAUCAUCUAAACAAAUUUUCUUUUUUAAAGGACUUUGGUUCACAUGAUUCUGAUUCGGUCCGUUUGUGAACUCACCAGGGUUCACAACAGAUUCAUUUGACUACUUCCAGGAAUUUCAUUUAGUCAAAUCUCUUAAAACACAUUUUUGCACGUCUACUCUGUAGUCUGUAAUUGACAAUGAGGUGUAAUUUGCAGUGCACUGUAGUCAGUCAGUGAUGUAUACAUUAUAUUCAUAGUAAUUAUUAGUAGCUCAUACAGUGCUCCUUCUCUAGGCUAAAAGUCAAUCCCUGCAAUUUCUAAUUUGGUUGCAGUGCAGGGAUGGAUGCUGUGCAGUGAGGGCAGCGUGCAGUUAUGAAUACUCUGCAGUGAUGGUUGCUGUGCACGGAUGGAUGCGUGCAGUGAUGGUUGCUCUGCACGGAUGGAUGCGUGCAGUGCAGUGAUGGUUGCAAUUCAGGGAUGGUUGCCGUGGAGGGAUGGAUGCCGUGCAGGAAUGGAUGCUGUGCAGGGAUCGAUGUGGGCAGUGAUGGUUGCUGUGCAGGAAUGGAUGCUGUGCAGGGAUCGAUGUGGGCAGUGAUGGUUGCUGUGCAGGAAUGGAUGCUGUGCAGGGAUCGAUGUGGGCAGUGAUGGUUGCCGUGUAGGGAUGGAUGCUGUACUGCUGUGCAAUGAUGGUUGCAGUGCAGGGAUGGAUACUGUGCAGUGAUGGUUGCAGUGCCGGGACGGAUGCUGUGCAAUGAUGGUUGCUGUGCAGGGAUGGAUGCCGUGCAGGGCUGGAUGCAGUGCAGGAAUGGUUGCAGUGCAGUGAUUGCUGUGCAGGGAUGGAUGCUGUGCACUGAUGGAUGCCGUGCAGGAAUGGAUGCCGUGCAGGAAUGGUUGCAGUGCAGUGAUUGCUGUGCAGGGAUGGUUGCAGUGUAGUGAUGUAUGCCGUGCACUGAUGGUUGCCAUGCAGGAAUGGAUGCUGUGCUGCUGUGCAAGGAUGGAUGCAGUGAACUGAUGGUUGCAGUGCAGUGAUGGUUGCAGUGCAGCGAUGGAUGCUGUGCAGGGAUAUAUGCAGUGCAUAGCUCAGGCCCUGGCAGGCAGAGGACAGAGGGAGGUACCAGCAGGCGGGCGGAACGGAGGCAGAGAGUCCCAGUGUCCGUGUCAUUCAGAUCCGGGGAGCAGGGCCGGGCGGCGGGUGAGUGUGUGAGCUCCGGGAAGAUGGUGAUGGCUGCAGCAGCAUCCAGUCCAGGCAUAGGCAACCUUCAGCGAGGGGGAGAGAGCGGGGUCUGCCAUCUGCUUUUAAUUAAUUACAAUGUAUCAUCUGUAGGAUACCUGUAGACAGAUCCUGUAUGUAGGAUACAUAUAGACAGAUUCUGUAUGUAGGAUGCAUAUAGACAGAUCCUAUAUGUAGGAUACAUAUAGACAGAUCAUGCGUGGAAGGAUGGAUGUAACCAGAUCCUGUAUGUAGGAUACAUGUAGAUAGAUCAUGUGUGUAGGAUGCAUAUAGACAGAUCCUCUGUGUUAUAUGCAUGUAGACAGAUCCUGUAUGUAGGAUACAUGUAGACAGAUCCUGUGUGUAGGAUACAUAUAGAUAGAUCCUGUAUGUAGGAUGCAUGUAGACAGAUCAUGAGUGCAGGAUGCAUGUAGACAGAUCAUAUGUGAAGGAUGCAUGUAGACAGAUCCUGUAUGUAGGAUGCAUGUAGACAGAUCAUGCAUGUAGGAUGCAUGUAGAUAGAUCAUGUGUGUAGGAUGCAUGUAGACAGAUCCUGUUUGUAGGAUACAUGUAGACAGAUCCUGCUUGUAGGAUGCAUGUAGACAGAUCAUGAGUGCAGGAUGCAUGUAGACAGAUCAUGAGUGCAGGAUGCAUGUAGACAGAUCAUGUGUGUAGGGUGCAUGUAGACAGAUCGUGUGUAGGAUGCAUGUAGACAGAUCCUGUAUGUAGGAUACGUGUAGACAGAUCCUGCUUGUAGGAUACGUGUAGACAGAUCCUGCUUGUAGGAUACGUGUAGACAGAUCCUGCUUGUAGGAUACGUGUAGACAGAUCCUGCUUGUAGGAUGCAUGUAGACAGAUCAUGUGUGUAGGAUGCAUGUAGACAGAUCCUGUAUGUAGGAUGCAUGUAGACAGAUCAUGCGUGUAGGAUGCAUGUAGAAAGAUCCUGUAUGUAGGAUACAUGUAGACAGAUCAUGCGUGUAGGAUGCAUGUAGAAAGAUCCUGUAUGUAGGAUACAUGUAGAUAGAUCAUGUGGACAGAUCCUCUGUGUAGGAUACAUGUAGACAGAUGCUGGGUAAUAACUGCUUAACAGAUGUGUCCUAAACUCUCGUAUGUUAUUUGUAAUUAAAAUUAAAAUAAUUAUUCUGUAUUUAGUUCCUUCCUGUGACUAGGUUUCAUACUAUUCCAAUGGAGAACCCACUGCUAUCUUACUACAGAUUAAAAAACAAAAACAACACAUUAUUUUGUAAGUUUGCUACUCCAUAUAUGUAGUAAUGGUUGUUAAGUAAUAGUUUGAUAAGUAUGGUGUCUUCAAGGUUAACCAGUAGACUUUAACAUUAUUAGGUAUAUUCAUGUGCAACUGGCUUUACAUCAAGCUGUCACUUUGACUUGUAACCCAGAAUUAUAAUUAUGCAGUGAACGACAAAAGUCAAUAGCAGAGGGGCUGAACAACUAACUGGUUAAAGAAGAAGGGUGAGACAGAAAUUUUUUUUAAUUUUCAUUAAUGUUUCAAAUAUCUUGAGAGAUGAGGCUUUUAGUGUGCCUCAUGACAUUAAACACACCCUAGUACAUAGUGAGAUUAUUUUACAUAUGUGUAUUAUAUAAAUCUUAUUAGUUUCCACCACAUUCAUUCCAAACUGUAGCUCAAAGCAGAAGGGAGUACUUCCCAUAGAUAAGAAUUGUUUUUGCUUGUGACGACUGCCAUGUAUGCACUAUGUGUCUAUGAGAAGCAUCUGAUUGGACGCAAGUCAUCAGUAUUGAUGACCAAAUAGGAGGAGGAGCUGAGCUGCAACAAGGAGACUCUCCUGGCGCUGGAAUACAGGUACGUUUUAUUGAUUGUUAGCCCUUUUGAUGUGAAACUGACGUCUCAGUAUUCUAAAUACAUUAAGAAUCACGUACAAUUAAAAUAUAUAUUUAAAGAAUAAUAUUAAGAAAAUGUAUCAAUAAUUUUUAAUUGGAGUGUUCCUUUCCGUAAAGCUUAUCCAAGCAUACAAACUACAAUUCAUAUAGUUUAUUUUUUGUAACGUUUGUUUUAUUCCGGUUGUUUGUUGUUGUUUUUUUCUUUUCUUUACAUUUUAUAUAUAUAUAUACACAUUUUAUAUAUCUAUAUAAAAUGUAAAGGAAAAAUAAGGGUUUAUUUUAGUAUACAUUAAAUUGUGGAGAGGGUUCAACCAAGUUACAACAUAUAGGAAAAAAUAGCAGCACUACUAACAUUUUCCAUCUCACAGCAGGAAAAUAUAAUAGCAUUCUUCCAUGCAAUAUUUGGCUGUAUUGAUUGUAUAGACACAGUUGGUAGGAGGUGUUUUGUUCCUUUUCUCUUAAAGGUGCAAAGAAAGUAAAUGUUUAAGUGUCUUUUGAAUGUAUAGCGCUAUAACUGCCAGCACUUUUUUCACAAUAUUUAUUUUUAACAAAUUGAGUAGUAGCUGAGAUUGAAAAGACAAUGUGACAUUGGGGAAAUGAAAAAGUUUGAAAUUAUAACAAGGAAGAUAAAUUCCUUAUUAUUUCAUUGGCAGCAGAGGGGCCAGGUCCUGGGUUCUAGGAAACUCCACAUUUUGUCAGAUGUCUUGAAAACAUGAACUAUGAAGAUCUUUAAAGGAACACAGACAUGUAUUCCUGACACUAUAGUUUUAAAACCGCCAUCUAGCCCCUCUAACCCCUUCCCAACCCCCCAACUUGCUUCCCUAAAUAUAGUAAAAUCUUACUUGUAUUACAAUCUACAGAUGCUGGCUCAGCCCUGAUCUGCCUGCUUGGCUGACAUCAUCAGAACUGAUUCUCUUAGCCAAUUACAAUGCUUUCCCAUAGGAUUGUCCGAGACUGUCAAGGAGGCAGGUCAGGGGCAGAGCCAGCAUAAACCAAACGCAGCCCUGGCCAAUCAGAAUCUCAUCAUAGAGAUGCAUUAAAUCAAGGCAUCUCUAUGAGGAAAGUUCAGUGUCUGCAUGCAGAGGGUGGAGACACUGAAUGGCAGUGCUGCACAGCAUGCAGAACUUCCCCAGGAAGCACCUCUAGCAGCCAUCUGAGGAGUGGCCAGUGAAGUUAUCACUAGGCUGUAAUGUAAACCCUGCAUUUUCUCUGAAAAUACAGCGUUUACUGCAAAAAACCUGAAGAGGAUGAUUCUACUCACCAGAACAAAUACAAUAAGCUGUAGUUGUUCUGGUGACUAUAGUGUCCCUUUAAGGCUUGAACCAUAACCAUAAUCAAUUUAAUAAACACUAGUGGUAAUGGUGCUUAAAGUGUCCUUUAAAAAAGACCAAACAACAAGAUCCACUAGUGGUAAUGGUGCUUAAAGUGUCCUUUAACCCCUUAAGGACACAUGACAUGUGUGACAUGUCAAGAUUGCCUUUUAUUCCAGAAGUUUGGUCCUUAAGGGGUUAAAAAAAAAGACCAAACAAUAAGAUCCACUUGAAAAAUUUAUGAAAUAACAAAAGCUGCCAAUAUCUAAGAGCUGAAUUUCAAAUUGGUUAAAAAAUGUCAUCAACAGGCUCAUAUUGUGCUGGUUAUGUUUUCAUUGAGAUCCUGGAGAGUAUCGGCAGGACACUGUUAAUGGGUAGAGAGGAGGGAACAUAAUACAGAGAGCCAGAGACAGGCCAUAACAUCCGCACCUUACCUGUUACUGCAGAAGGUUUUCUGGAACCUAGCAACUCUGGUCCUAGAACUUCCAAGAUCCAGAAACCUGCAGCUACUAGCUUCAGUUAAAUUUAAAAUCCAUCCACACCUGCUUGCUUAGGCUUAAAGGGUUAUUCCAACCCUCUUUAACUAAGUUCUUAAAAAUGAAUAAUGCCCUAUUGAGCAUUAAAUUAAUUGAGGAUUUUUCUUAAACCACACUUUUUUGCCUUAAUUUUGCGGUUCAGUUUUCAAUCCACUGCAAUUUGUUGUUUAGUGAUUAUACCCCAUGGUUAACCCGCCCCCCCACCCCCAUCUCCAUGACAUAAUAUACAUAAUGCCACCUGUUUGCCAAUCCCCCUGUGUGUAUUGGCGUGAAGAGUACGCCUAACACACAAAUUGACAUUUUUCAUAUUGGAUUGGCUAUUGUGGCCCAGAUUGUUCAAUUAUAUCACAAAUCUAUAUCCCUAAUUUUUUUUUUAUAAUAAUGUAUGUUUUAAUGUUUAUAUCUGGAGGAAAAUUAAUCCCAUUAUAUGCAAUAGGAUUUUUUUUUAUUCCACCUUUAUUGAUUGAUUAUACACUGCCUACAUUUAUUUGUUUUUAUAAUUUUUAAUAUUGAUUUAAGGAACUCAUCAUUUAAUACCUAUUCUAAGUAUUUGUUCUAAUGUUUUAAAAGGCAUUUUGGUUUACAUUUUCUGUAUUUAAAGAAAAAAAAAGUGUGUGCCAUUUAGAUUUUAUUUUGCAUUCAAUUACGUCCAGUUAGCGUCCUUCUAUAUUGUGCUCUGGUACAUUCCUGACCCAUUUCAUCUUCCCCACACUGCACACAGGCCUAUUGUGGUAGACACAAACACUGUACUGUGUGCCUUCUUCAGAUGUGCCUCUCUUUUUGCAAAAUCAUGAGAAUUUUAUAUUCAAAGAAUACUCUGCGGAAUUGCAAAAAGGAUGCUGGCAACAAUUAUAUAUCCACUAAUAUUGUUUAUACGUUAUGCAUGUGAUUCUUUAUGUUGAUAUCAGUAUCAAAAAUUGGCCCCGCACAAGUUGUAAACCUUGCAAUUUUGUCAGUCUUCCAUAUGAGGCAUGCCACUUUUAUAUUUCUUGCCCAAUAUUCAGUUAGUCCUUUUAUUUGGUAAUACUUGCAGAACCCUGCCCUGGGACUGGAAGGACAGUCCAUUAUUCUUAUUUAAAAUGCACUAAUAUUCCUACAUCACUUAUUUCUUCUAUAGUGGGAGAUGCAAGUUUAUUUUCAUUAAUCAAUUUGUAUGGAAUAUUUUCUGUUAGGUCUAUAAUCGGAGCUAAUGUGAGGGUCUCUAGUUGUAAGAUCAGUGGGUGGAAGUGUAGCACUGGAUUUCCUGACUGCUUUGAGGAUUAAUGGGAUGUGGUCCAGUCUGGGGAGAAAGCAGCUUAUAUGCUUAUGAAAUGCUUUUCCCAAAAUAAACACGAGUUUAAUUCAGUGUAUCAGGAAUUGUGGAGAAGUGACAAGUGAAUUCCAAAUUUUAGGCCCCCCAAAAAAGAACGUUGUACCCUUUUUCAUGUGGCACAUCAGGGUCAGAAAGAAGGUGAGAGAGAUCUGGAUUCCAAAAAGUGACAUCCAUCCUAAAUAGGAGCCGGUUGGAGUCACGUAAGUGUGGAAGACAGAAUUUUCUCUUAGAGCUUAGAGACUAUUGUGAUACACAGAAAUAUUUAAAGCCUCACCAAAGCUGUAUGUGCUUGAGGUUUCAAGAAAUAAGUUAUAAAAUGCUGUUUUUGACUUGUACAUUGUAUAAUAUUACUUAUUUGCAUAAAUAAGGAUUUAAAGGGACACUAAAGACACCGAGACCACUUCUUCUCAAUGAUGUGGUCUGGGCGCAGCCCCCGAGGCGUUUUAGCCCUGCAAUGUAAAACAUUGCCAUUUUGUAGAAAUGUUAUGAUUGCAGGGCUCUGUUUAUGGAAGUUUAUGUCAUCAAAAUGCUGUUGAUAGGGAAGCUUUGAAUUCAGUGCUUCCCUAUGUAAAGCAAUUGAUUGGAUGAGCACAGGAAGCAAAGCUUUGAGGAUGACAUCGCAGGUGGAGGAGCAGACAGCAAUACCGAAUGAGUCUCCGUGCUGGAAAAAAGGCAAGUAAGCAGCUUUUUUUUUUUUUACUAUUUUUUAAUUUACGAUAAUUGGGGAAGGGGAUGCAUCUGACUAGUUAGGAAUACAUGUUUGUAUUUCUAACACUAUAGUGUUCAUUUUAAAGAAGAAAAAAAGAAACAAUAGAACUAUGACUAUAACUCCAUAGCACAAAUAAUGAGAUUUGUGUACAUUUACCUCUGGUAUACAUGUGUACAUUUACCAGGCCUGCAAUGUCUUUGUUAAUUAUAGAGUGUGCUAUCUCUUGUGCAAAUGUUAGCAAUCACUGUCUUAGAUGUAUUAAAAUGAUCUUAAACUGGACCCUGGAUCUUUUAUAACUAGUUAGGAAUUCUCCCUCUCAUGUGCUUUUUAUUAUUGAUCUGAUACUAAUUCCUGAUUUUACGCAAAAUGAUGUCAUAAAUCACAUAUCGAUAUAUUGCUCUGUGUGGGCGAUGUAUCUUGCAUGCAUAUUUAGUGUACCUACAAACAUUUAACUUGACUGCUACAAGUCUGCCCAUUUGAGGCUGAUUAUCUCCAUUGUUCUACCCGGCCCAUCACUACUUAUGCAUACACAGUGCCUGUUUGCUUGCCAUCAUUUAUUAUAUGUUACUGUUUCCUUCUAGGAUGGCUGGUGCUCCUUCAAGCUAUUGUUUUGUAGCUUUUCCACCUGCAACAAAAAACAGUCAUAUAUUGUUUGGGAAGAAUUCAGCCCGGCCAAGGGAUGAGGUUCAAGAAGUGCUCUAUGUUCCGUCUUGUAAUCAUGAACCAGGUAGUAAAGUACAGGUAAAUAAAUCUCUGUCAAUAAUUAAUUCACAAGAAAGCAGUUAAAGGGUUAAAUUGAGAUUAGGGUUAAAAUGGUAUAAAAAAAUUUUUUUCCCUUUUUUUAGCUACUAUUUUUGUUUUACUAAGCAUUUUAUGUUUUUUAUCUAGCUAAAUGAUUACAGCGAGCGGGAACAGAAAUGCCCUGUAGUGGCUGCGUUUUAUUUCUUUUUUCUGCUGACAGUAGUUCUGGCACUUACUAGACAAUAUGGGUUUGAACAUGAAUGAAACUACUGGCAACUAAUCUCUUUGCUUCCUCGCAAAAAAAGUAAAUGCGCAGUGAAGAUCCCCAUUUAUCGCCAGGGUACAGGCAUUAGUGCCCUUAGACGAUAAAUAAAUAUAAGCUGUGUUCUAUUUGGGGCUUAGCCCAACCCCAAGAUCAUUCCAUAAAAUACUGGUGAUCCACGAACCUCUAUUCCAUGUGCAAAGAUUUUAUUUUAAUUGUGGGUAUGGGCAUGUGAAUGUCUCUGCACUUUUCUCCAUCUCCCGUACGGUAGGGUGGAGAGUAAUGUCUACAGAGUGGUAUAGAGGGAUUCCGUAUUCCUAGAGUACACUUGAAAGGACUAGGGAUGUCCUGCCCCCCUUAUUCAUGAAGUUAAGGAUGUCCAAGCCCCCUCGCAGUAAUACGGGGACUCCAACCUUCCAUAGCUCAUGACCAGGAAUGAUAAAUCUUUUAUAUGGAUCACCCCAAUGCCUACAUUGACAUUAAAUAAAAAAUAUUGAAAAAAAGUUAUGCAGACCCAACAUGAAUGGCUCUCUUUCUUUAUAACUAGCUAAUGAAAAUGGAUCACUGUGUAAGCCUCACCCAUGCAGAGCCUCACAUUCCUUUAAACCAGGGAUGUCAAAAAGGUAGAUUCCUAGAUGUUUUAAAACUACAGCUUCCAUGAUGCUUUGUUGUUCCAAAGGCAUUCUAGAGGCAUGCAAAGUAUUGUGGUCGUUGUAGUUCUACAACACCUGGGGAUCAAACUAUUGGGCACCCCUGCUUUAAAACAAUGGUUUCCUCAGACACACCUCACAUUGUACACUAUGAGUGGGCUGUGCUUAAAUGAAUGAUAACUGCAUACGCUAGAUUGUACUCUAGGAGUCCAAUAUAUUUGGAUUUAUUUUUUAUGAUGCUACUGUUCCUUUAAAACCAAAUUAAUCCCAUUCCUUACAACCCUUUUUUUUUUUAAUAUAAAACCUAUUUAAAGUUCUCUGCUAGUAUCAAAUGAAAGUUUGCUUUCUUAUAUCCCUGCUGUCAUUGAUCUAGAAUACCGCUGAAUAUCAAAUUAAAAUGCCAUUCUGGAAUUGUGGUGUAGAUAACAUUCAAGUACACUUAAAUGACCACUCACUGACUCAUUCCCUGACAGAUUAUUAAUCAAUGUUUGCUGAUUUCCUUCCUUUACAAGAAAACUACGUUUCUUUUUAAAUGUUAACCUGCAUGCUGUUUGCAGUACAUAUUCCCUUUAGAAGUCUUCUGAAAAAUACAAGACUUUCUCUGUAGAUGCUUAUAGCUUGCAGAUGUAUCCAAUUCAUUUGUACUUAAUCUUUUGCUUAAAAGGAAUGUCAUGUGUUAGACAUUGCCAAGGCAGUGAUUGCGGAAUAUAGUGCCAAGUAUUGAAAGUAUGAAACAGUUAGUGAAUUGGUUUUGUAGAAUUGGCUUUAAGCAUAGAGUUCAAUGGUGUCUACAGAUACAGAUCGUGUUUCCUGUGAUGCUCUGGCCUACUUUUGGUCAAAAUGCAUGAUGACGAUCUUGCAAAAUGUAGUCCUCAAAUUAAUACAUAUGGUUGACACAAUAGUUUGAAUGGGUGACCAUUAUGAGUGUCAGAGUCCAAGCAGUUGGAAUAUAUAAAGUUCCUUCUGUAGGUGUAAUCCUGUUUUUACAUUCAGUUACAUGACGGACUAGCGGGUUUUCCUGUUAAUUCAACCAUGUAAGGUGGGCUUGGGCAUAGCUCCACUAUAGAAACAUGAUGUUCCUGAAAUGAUGGUUUGGCAAGUACUAUGCACCUACUGUUCCUACACCUAUGGCAGUUUGUUUGAUGCAUCUUGGGGCAACUUCGACCCACCAUAAAUAUAACAUAAAGCAGAAAAAAAUACCGACAAAUAUAAUUUACUGAAAAUCUCAUCAAUAUAUUUACCUUAACCGCAACUUUUUUCCUAAUUAAUAAUAGUCAUACUCUACUAAUGUACAAAAAACACAUGUAAUACAUCAUCCUCCAGGGGUACAUGUUUCCUUCCCAACCAUUAGUCCUGAGUGGGUCUUUGACAUGCACAAGGUGGGCUGGUGAAAUUUUAGAGCUGUCGUUGUAAUUAUUGUUACCCAUGAGAAUGAUAGGAGUGAGAGUCCCAGAUACCUUUAAAUUAAGCAAUGAUGAUCUUCCUUGUUUCCCUAUAGAGCAGUAAAUUGUUAGGCUCUGGCUGGACACAGUAUACACUGUGCGGUAUUAACCCUUUUACCUAAAUGUGAUAUUUCUUUUUAAUCUGGAUCAGGACUGGAGUUAGAUGAAAAUACAGCUAUGUAUAGCAAUAUUCAGCUGUGAUAACAUUCUGCAAUCCUACACUGAAACAGGAAUAGAAACCCUAUAGUUGUCCUUCUCCAGGUACCUUGUGUGCUAAGAUCAAUCAUCUCUAACCCACCUCCAGCGAGGUAUCUUCAAUGCAUCUGUUUAAUUCCAGGAUAUUGCUUUGUAGCAUCCUCGUUUGAGUUCCUGGAACUUGUAGCAUCCUCAGUUUGAGUUCCUGGAACUGUAAUAUGCCCCUGGGGCCAUAUCUAUGCUCUGUGAUAUUCUAGUCAGGAAAACAUGGCAACAUUGGAAACUGUUCUAUAGACAUUUAGCCUAGUGCAUCGUGUCCUACAUGAUUCAUUUAAUAGGAAACCUCUAGGGAGUUGGCUCUAAAUUUAGCACAUAUGUAGGUAUGUGUGCAUUCCUGUCUAAAUUGCAGAAUGAAAGCAGAAAUGGACUUUAUUGUUAUUUUGUUAUUUUAUAAAGGACUCCAGAUGAUGCCCAGGUGCAUUGUGUGAAUUCAGCUCUCUGCAAUAUUGUUUAUCCAUGGCACAAUUUGUUCCAGAGCUUGCUGACAUUGAAAUUUGAUAUGAUUAUGAUAUUAUGAUAUUUUAUAUUCUAUAGUGUAUACAGUUUUUCCUCGUGCUCUUUGCAAGUAUAAUUCUAUUUGUUUUUGUUAUCACACUUUACAGUGCACAUACCUUGAAAUUGAGCAAGCCCUGAGAACCCACGCUGUCAUACUAAGCAAACCUGCCUGGAUGUGGGGGGCGGAGAUGGGAGCCAAUGAGCACGGAGUUUGCAUUGGAAAUGUGGCAGUUACCGCUAGACAGGCCGCUUCUGAUAGCAAAUUGCUACUAGGCAUGGAUCUAGUCAGGUGACUGAUUGAUAUUCAACAUUUUAUUGUUAAAAUUGUUCUUACUGUUAUUAGAAACAGUUGCUACUAAAUAAGGCCUUGAUUUAAGAUCGUUGGAUAACCUUUCCAAUGGAUUUUUGGGUAAACUUUUCAAAUUAUUUUUUCAGCCUACUAAAAUAUCAGGACAUGCAUCAUAUAAAAAAAAAAAAAAUAUGUAGAUAUAUCACAAAAUAUAAAAAUUUUACAAAAUUAAAAUAUUUUUUAUAAUAUUGAAUCAUUUAUAAAUAGUGAUGUCCCGAAAGGUUCGCCACAAAUGGUUCGCCACGGACUCAUCAUUGAGUAAACUUUGACCCUGUACCUCACAGUCAGCAGACACAUUCCAGCCAAUCAGCAGCAGACCCUCCCUCCCAGACCCUCCCACCUCCUGGACAGCAUUCAUUUUGAAGCUGCAUUCUUAGUGAGCUGUCAAGGAGGUGGGAGGGAGGGUCUGCUGCUGAUUGGCUGGAUUGUGUCUGCUGACUGUGAGGUACAGGGUCAAAGUUUACUCAAUGAUAAGUCCGCGGCGAACCGUUCGGGACAUCACUAUUUAUAAAGCUAAUCCAAAAAUAUUGAAUAUUUGGAAACGUAUCCACCAAUAUUAAAAGGAGUCAUAAGCAUCUUUCAAUGAGCGUAACUAAACAAAGUCAUCCUAAUUUUGCAGUUUGCAUAUUUUUUUUUACUCUGGUUGCUGUCAAGAUCUGGUUAACAGUAAAUUCAUCUUUGCUCUUUAUUUGUUUUGUCUAAUUUUGUCAUUAUAUCGUAGUAGGGAUCGACCGAUAUUUAUUUUUUAGAGCAGAUACCGAUAAUCUGUGAACUUUCAGGCCGAUAGCUGAUAACUUACCAAUAUUCUGUACAUUUACCAUUUAAAAAAAAAUAUAUAUAUUUCUACACAAAUUAUUUAUUUUUUUGCAAAUCUUUUUUUAUUAAGGUAAAUGCACAAAAUAUACAUGCCAGUCAGAAUUUUUUAUGUUUUCAAGAAUAUGUGUGUGUAGUGAAUGCAGUGACAGUAUUUGAUUAGUGAAUGCAGUGUAUGUUUGUGUAGUGGAUACAGAGUGUGUGUUUGUGCAAUGUGUAUAGUAAAUGCUAUGUGUGUUUGUGUAGUGUGUGUCUAAUGAAUGCAGAGUGUGUUUGUGUAGUGUGUGUAUAGUGAAUGCAGAGUGUGUUUGUGUAGUAUGUGUAUAGUGAAUACAGAGUGUGUUUGUGUAGUGUGUGUAUAGUGAAUGCAGUGUGUGUUUGUGUAGUGUGUAUAUAGUAAAUGCAGUGUGUGUUUGUGUAGUGUGUAUAUAGUGAAUGCAGUGUGUGUUUGUGUAGUGUGUAUAUAGUGAAUGCAGUGUGUGUUUGUGUAGUGUGUGUAUAGUGAAUGCAGUGUGUGUUUGUGUAAUGUGUAUAUAGUGUAUGCAGUGUGUGUUUGUGUAGUGUGUAUAUAAUGAAUGCAGAGUGUGUGUUUGUGUAGUGUGUGUAUAGUGAAUGCAGUGUUUGAGUAGUGUGUAUAUAAUGAAUGCAGUGUGUGUUUGUGUAGUGUGUGUAUAGUGAAUGAAGUGUGUGUUUGUGUAGUGUGUAUAUAGUGAAUGCAGUGUGUUUGUGUAGUGUGUGUAUAGUGAAUGCAGUGUAUGUUUGUGUAGUGUGUAUAUUACCAUAUGUAUAUUAAAUAACAUUAUAACCAUGAUCCAAAGCCUGUGACACAACCAUUGUGAAAAUAAUGGAGGCAAUACAAUCAUAGCACAUGGAUAUAUAAAGAUUUACACAAAUCCAUAAAAACCUCACAGACAUUGAAUUAUUUUUGCAUGUUAUUGUUAAAAAGACAAUUUCUACUCUGUCUGUCUAGACUUUAUGUAACAAAGUAGGUUGAAAUAUUUCAAUAGAUACAGUAGAUGCGUACUAUUACAUUAAUGCAUAUUGUUCCAGGCUUGGUCUAGAACGCGGAACAACUGCAAAAGAUUCUGUAGACGUAAUAGUAUCAUUAUUAGAAGAACACGGACAAGGUGGAAAUCAUUUUGAAGAUGAAAGCAUGGCUCUGGGGUUCCACAGCUCAUUUCUCAUUGUGGACAGAGCGGAAGCCUGGGUUCUGGAGACAGUCGGGAAGUUCUGGGCAGCUGAAAAAAUUACAGGUUAGUUCACAAUGGUAUUGUUUAUUACUUUAAACAACAUGAAAAUUAUUCCUUAGACUCAGUUAUCAUAUACUAUACUACUAGCAAGCAUUUAGUUUUUGGUGCUCACUACAAACUAUUUAUCUGCUGUAUAGGUAGGAAUAGGCCACUUAAUGUUGUGGGAAGCUUUAAGUUAAUCAAAAUGUGCAAAUUCAUGGAAGCAACUUAUUUGGGUAAGCACUCCAGGGUAUCUCCCCAAUUGUAGCUUGUGAUUGGAGGGACAGUGAAGUUCCAAUGGGGUUUGAGCAAUAAUGUUCACUUGGUGGCUGUGUUAAGUAUGAUAAAUGAGACACGUGGCUUGCUGUAUUGUUCAGGAUAAGAUGGCUGCUUGGAUCAGUGCUCCGUCUCCAGAAAUGCUGCAAAGUGCGCCUAGCACGUUGUGACCACCCUGAGACAUCCCAACCUUCACUGCACAAUAAAUCAAAGGGCGUAAACUAUGGUUAUCCCUAUGAAGGCCUAGAGCUAAGGUUAAACAAAAACACAAUAUAAUCCUAAAACAACAACAUUUCUAAAAUAUAAAAAUAUCCACUGCUCUACUAGAAUUCUUUUUCUAAAUACUGAUAAAUAUACCUUUAAGAACUACAAGAUGAAAGCACCUAUUAAAUCACAUUAAUCAAAUACACAACAAAUGACUAUAUCAGCUAUUUAUUUGUGUCAGUUAUGUUGUUUAAUGCUGAAUUUGGAAAAACCCAUCUCCAUAAAUGAUGAUUACCGCUUUAAAUAUCCUAUGAAUAAUGUUACUGUUUACCAUAAAAUAAAUGUGUCUUAAAAAUAUUGUUAAUUUCAAACAAUGAUUUGUUCUCUUUUAUUAGGCAAUGUUGGUGUCAUAAACACUUCUUGGCUUGUAAUAGAGACUGUUACUAAAUUAAUUCCCCAGGCUGUAGCUCUAAGACUAAUGUAAGCAUACAGUCCUGUUCAGCCCGUUUGUAAUUCUGUCAGCAGGAGUGGUAAUGUUGUAGAGUUUUAGAGAAAAAAGAGGUGAUCAGCCAUCUUUAAUAAAAAAAUGUUGUUUUUAUAUGAAUUGAAUGUCCUGCUCACAAUGUAUAGAAUAUCCAAAUCCUUGAGGUUAUGGGGGUUUAUUAAUUUACUCACUACGCUAUGAAUAUCAGGGAACUAGAAUAAGAGCUGAAAAUACAGACCAAACUAGAGGAUCUGGAAAACAUCUCCUGUGUACCUGUACUCACCUAUAUUUUUUUUGUAGUUAAUUCACUGCAAUUCAAUGCAUUUAGUGAAUAACACCAUCAGUAAAUACACUUACUAUAUUAGGAACAAAAUCUAACUGUAAAUCUAAGGGUUGAAAAUGUUUAACCCCUUAAGGACACAUGAUAUGUGUGACAUGUCAUGAUUCCCUUUUAUUCCAGAAGUUUGGUCCUUAAGGGGUUAAAGGGACACUAUAGUCACCUGAACAACUUUAGCUUAAUGAAGCAGUUUUGGUGUAUAGAACAUGCCCCUGCAGCCUCACUGCCCAAUCCUCUGCCAUUUAGGAGUUAAAUCCCUUUGUUUAUGAACCCUAGUCACACCUCCCUGCAUGUGACUUGCACAGCCUUCCAUAAACACUUCCUGUAAAUAGAGCCCUAUUUAGGCUUUCUUUAUUACAAGUUCUGUUUAAUUUAGAUUUUCGUAUCCAGUGCUAUGUUAAUAGCUUGCUAGACCCUGCAAGAGCCUCCUGUAUGUGAUUAAAGUUUAAUAUAGAGAUUGAGAUACAAUUAUUUAAGGUAAAUUACAUCUGUUUGAAAGUGAAUACAGUUUUUUUUUCAUGCAGGCUCUGUCAUGCAGGCUCUGUCAAUCAUAGCCAGUGUGGCCAGUGUGGCCAGUGUGGCUAGGGCUGCAUAAACAGAAACAAAGUGAUUUAACUCUUAAAUGACAGUGAAUUGAGCAGUGAAAUUGCAUGGGAAUGAUCUAUACACUAAAACUGCUUUAUUUAGCUAAAGUAAUUUAGGUGACUAUAGUGUUCCUUUAACCCAUACCUUACAAACCCAUAAUAAAUUACAUUUUGCUGUUCUGCUAUAUAUAUAUAUAUAUAGGGAAUUCCUGUUCAAUUAUUUUGUCUUCAAUUGUCAUUCCAAAUGUAUACAGGUAUUCUUUAAUCUAAGCAAAAAAAAAAAUGUAUUGCCUUUAUUUGAUGUUUUUAUGUUAAUACGUAUAACCUCCUCUUUGUAUUUUUAUUUGAGUUUUUAUCUGGGAUGGGGUCACAGUUGCUGGUCCUCAUAUCUUUUAUCAUCUUCACUGUAUUGACUGUUAAUGUUUAUAUUGAUGAAAACAUUAUAUUCUAUUCAAUCAGAUGAUAAAAUGGCUGCUGUUUGUGAUACCCACCAUUUUAUGCCUCCCUACUUUAGUGUGGGGCAUGCAGACUGUCCUAAAGUUAGUCUUCACAGUUAUUUACUGCAUUAAAAAAUCCCAUUUUUUUGUUUACUUUGUUACAUAUUAGUGGACUAAUUAAUUUCAAUCUAAAUAUAGCAGUUUGAGGGAUGGUGUGUAUUAGUUACAAUAUAACAUAGUAUGAUACUAUGAAGUUACAUUCAUUUAUCAUUCAACUGCUGGCAGGAUUCUUCCUGGGCCAUUGAUCAACGUAGUCAUCUAACAGUACGUCUGUGUUUUUUUCUCAUCCAUUCCUAUUUUCUAUGAAUACUGCCUCACAAUUUUCCUUCUUUUAAUUCUCUUUCCAUUUGACAUAGAUGGAGUGAAAUGCCUUUGCAAUCAUUUAUCCCUGAAAACAAAGAUCGAUAUGGAACACCCAGAACUACGGAGCUGUGCACAGAGUCAGGGCUGGUGGAAUGAAGAUAAAGAAUUUAAUUUCUCUGAAGUUUUUUCAGAAGGUGGACAUGGUCAUGAUUGUCCAGAAAAGGCAUCUGAAAUUCCUGGAGGUAAGUUAUUGUUUUUUUUUGUUUUUUUAUUUAGGAAGAGUCAACAUUGUAUGCAGUUAGAGACAUUAGGCAAAUAUCAUGUGAUGCACUGAUGGAGAAUGGGUCAGAGUUGUUACGGUUUACAAUUAAUAAUGAUGACAUACAAAUGCAAAUGCUGUGUUGGCUACUAAAACAUGGAUAAAACUAGUGUUUUAUAACUAUUUAUCAUAAUUGUGUGAUAUCAAAAUGAAAAUCUGACAUUCCUAAUUGAGAGAGGUCUGUGUACGUACAAGCACAGACUAAUUAUUUCCUUUCUGCUCAUAUCCAGAUAACCUUUUUAACCUCAUAGGAAGGACUCCCAGACAGAAGAGUGAUGGUCAGGAAGUUCUACUAUAUCAGGCUUCCCUGACAUGGCUGUCUGUGAUCUCAAAUGAAUCCCAGACUUUAGAUGAACUGUGGAAGUAAAUUAUUGGAGACUCAUGUAGGAAGCAGCAUAUGCCUCUAGAGGUCCUCGAUAUCAUGAUCAUCAAGAACCACCAGACCGUACCAGAGUAGCAAGGGGAGGAAACUGCUACAAGCUGGUGUAAACUAAAAGAUGUACUAUUUGGGGAGAACCUCUAAUCUCUUCAGCCAUCUCUCUGUCCUGCCUGUUCAAACCUCAAUGUCUGUUGCAAACUGAUAAUUAUAGCAAGCAACCCACAAUGACAUAAGCAUCCAUUUUUGUCAGAACCAUUGGGGGAGUUUUAUCAAAGUGUUCUGAUCUAAAAAGUUUUCUAAAGUUCUGAAAGUCAUACAUUCACCAUGGAAAUCGGUGGAACCAACAUGCACAUUCCAUUAGUCACUCCUCCCCUACUACAUUUGUGCACCACUUUUUAGACAACUUAAUAACUCUCUCCCACUGCGUCCAUUUGUUAUACCUUUAUAUGGUUGGUUAACCCCUUCCUGACCGCGGACGUACCAGGUACGUCCGACAAAAAACGGUUGUUAACAUCUGGCGUACCUGGUACGUCCGCGGCAAAAAUGACCCCUGUACUUACCUGGAACGGCGAUCGCGGUCGGGGGACUGCCUGAGUCCCCAGCAGCUCCGGGCCACCACGGCCCUCCAGGUCCAUGUGAUCACCAUGAUCUCAUGGUCGCAACAGGAGUCUAUGGAGCUGCCAGCAGGGGCACUGCCUGAGCUGUCACCUAAAAUGUAAAAAAAUAAUACAAAUUAUAAUAAAAUAAAUAUAUUGAAUAUAUUGUACAUAUAUAUGUAAAAUAAAUUAUAAAAUAAUUAAAGCAUUUUGUAAUAUAUUAUACAUAUAUAAUGCAUAUAUAUGAUUUCAUUAUAAGUGUACUUUGAGAUAUACACACAUAUCUCAAAAUACACCUAUAAUAUAUAUAAUAUAUUAUAAAGUGCUUUUUAAAAUUAUUUUAUAAUAUACAUAUAUAGGAAAUAAAAGUCAGUGUGUGUAUAUGUAUAUAUAUAUAUAUAUAUAUAUAUAUAUAUGUGUGUAUAUAUAUAUAUACACACACACACACACACACACACACACAUUAUAUACACACUUAAUACGUGUGUAUGUGUAUAUAUAUACACACACACACACACACUUAAUACGUGUGUAUGUGUAUAUAUACACACACACACACAUACAUACAAUACGUGUGUGUGUGUAUAUAUAUAUAUAUCUAUAUAUAUAUAUACACACACACAUACACACGUAUUGUGUGUGUGUGUGUAUAUAUAUAUAUAUAUGUAUAUAUAUAUAUAUAUAUAUAUACACACAUACAUACACACACACAUUCUACAUAUAUAUUUAACUAUUAAAUACAUAAUUAUUUGAUUUUAUUAGUUAUAAUUUGAGUGACCUGCCUUACAAGCCAGGCAGACAGUCCAGAGAAUUUAAUUGGCAAUCCCUAUAUUUAACCCCGUAACAUUCCAAAACACCAUAAAACCUUUACAUGGGGGUAUUGUUAUACUCGGGACACGACAAUGAAAUCGCCAGUAAAAGUGCAGUUUUUAUGUAAAAUAAAUGCAAAAAACAAAUAUGAACAUUAACUUUGGCAAGCGUUUGUGGCUAAGUGGCUACUACAAAAGAUUGAACAUACCACAUUUUGAAUACACUGGUUUGUCUACUUUUUCAAAUGUUAUGUCAUUAAUUUUCAUUUCUGGGCUGCCAUACCGUCUCAAAGGCAACAUAGCCAAUUUACCGAACAGAAAUUAGCAAAUCUUAUGUUUGACCCUGUAACUUCCCAAAUCACCAUAAAACCUGCCACAAGCCAGGGCUUGUGACUAAGUGGCUACUAAAAAUGACUGGACAUACCCCAUUUUGAAUACCGUGGGUUGUCCAUGUUUACAAAUGGUAUGCCAUGAUUGGGUUAAUUUUCAUUCCUGGGCUGCCAUACAGUCUCAAAGGCCUAGCAAACCAAUCUGGCAAACAUAUGUGCAAUCAUGGGAAAAGGGGAAAGCCCUACAUUUCACCCCUGUAAGUUUGCAAAAACCCAUAAAACCGGUACAUUGGGAGUACUGUUGUACUCAGGAGAUGUUGCUGAACACAUAUCGGGGUGUUCUUUGUCAGUAACACAUAACAGGAACUGAGAAUCAAUGCCUAAAGUACAAUGUGAGAGAAAAAAAGCACAAAAAAAUGACUACCCAAAAGUUUGACAAAGACUGGUGGUAGAAUUAGUGCAUAUAAAGUGUUAAAAUACCACCAUUUGAAAUACCCUAGGGUGUCUACUUUUCAAAAAUAUAUGGUUUGAUGAUGAUAAAUUACAUUGGCCGGCUGUGAAAAUUGCAAGUUGGAAAACUGGAAUGUGCACCUUCCAAAUAAGGUCUUUUAGCCCCCAGAGAACCAGACACAGCUGUAUAUGGGUGGUGGAGAUGCUGCUGGACACAUAUUGGGGUGUUCUUUGGCAGUAACCCUUAAAGUUCUCAGUACAUGUAUUCUUAAAUUGCUAUGUAUGUAAAAAAAAAAAAAAUCAACAAUUAUUAUUUUUCACCCUAAAAAAUAGUGAGGGGAGAAUAAAAUAACUAACCUGUAAAGAAAAAUUAAACUUAUCAUUUGACGUCUUCUUUUUUCUAAAAUCUUCAUUUUUCAGCCCCAAAAAAGGCCAAAUAAAAAACCACUAUACCAGUCGAACUUAAAAUAAAAUAAAAAAACCUGAUCGCAAAUAAAAAAACAGAUCGCAAAAAAAAAAAACAGACGAAAAAGAAGAAAACCAGAACACAAAAAAAAUAAUCCAUCUUCACCCAUGGAGGGCUCUGCGCAGACUGAGCUCUGCAGGGGGGGGGAGGCUUAUAAAGCCUUGUCCCGCCCUGCAAUUAGGCUAAGAACACUCUGAUUGGCUGGUUUAAGCCAAUCAGAGUUCUCUUUGUCAGAGUGCUCUAAGCCAAUCAGAGUGCUUUGUGUCAUUUUACACAGCGUGGGAAAGUUCUUUGGAAUUUUCCCACGCUGUGUAAAGGGGCAGAUCAUUUACUAAUACUAAUCUUUACUUAGUAUUAGUAAAUGUGGCUGAAAGACCAAUUUAGGUCUUUCAGCCUUUUUGUAGAUAGCUCCCUGAUACUGUGGGAAUUAGGGAGUUAUCUACUAAGCGGCUGCAAGAUGCAACCGCGGCAAUGAAUAAGAUCGGAGUUCCAUUCAUUCGAAUGAAAUUCCGAUACGAACAAAGUGCCAAAUUGCGUUCUAACACAAAUGGAGAAACUGUUCUCAUUCAGUUAGAACGCAAUUCUGCAGUUUUGUCUAAAAUGACAGGAAGCAUCGCAAGAUCACAGAGGAAACGUAAGAAUUAUGGGAAAAUUGCUCUGACCAGCAGAAAUGAAGCACACUUUGCUUUGAAGCACACUGGUCAAAGCUGGUCAAGCGAUGGAAACCUCCACAAGGCAUAGAGUCCCUACUUUGUCUUAUGAUUUUAAAGAAAACUAAAGAAGACAGGAAGAAAAGAAGAACAGAUCCUGAGAGAGGGGGAGAAGAGGAAGAGAUCGGGGAAAGGUAAGUUCAGCAUGACAGUGCCGCUUUAAUGGCGAGAAGAGCGGUAUAUAAUAUGUGUGGGUACAGUACAUGAGUAAUAGGAAAAUUACAGCUAAACACAAACAUGGCAGAAAUGUAAAAACAGCCCUGGUCCUUAACGGUAAGAAAAUUGAAAAACAAUCUAGUCACUAAGGGGUUAACCUCAAAAGCAUACCAGGCCAUUUUACAGGACCAUAUCAUGUAUGGUGAAAACACUGUUCCCUCAUGAUUGUCCAGUAUAGUAAUGUCCCAUAACCACUGCUAAACAAGUGGGUUCUUGAAUCAGUCUAACACCAAGCCACUAGAUCUAAACUCACUUGAUCCUUCAUGAGAAGUUCUAGAGCUCAGAAUGUGAAGUACAUCUGCAUCUAUUUCAUACAUAGAACUGGAGUGUUUUCUUCUUAAAGAAACAACUUCAAGCACUAUAAACAUUACAGACCACUUCCACCCUUUUGUGUUCUUGUUUGGCUCCUGUAGUUGGCUGGGGAUGGUUUCAUUGACUUACAAAUCAUUACUCGGCCUGUAGUCUGAAGAAUGUUAUGUGUCAUUUCCAACUGUGUCUGCAACUGUAGAAGAUAAUAUGGACAUUUUGUACAGCUUUGCGGGUUAUUUUUGUUAUACAGCUUUACAUAUAGUGUGCUUAGUGAUUUAUGGCUGCCAUAUGCUUACUGUAUUGGCUGUUUCAGUAGAAAUGCAGGGCUCAUUGUCUCCUUACACAGGUUUAAAGUUCAAUCUGAGACUACAUUGAAUUCGCAAAUGACAGCUUUUACAAGCUUCUAAAACAAUUGCUUAUAUUUUAUAUACUUAUUUUUAGAAAUGAUGACUGCAGAAACAAUAAUAAAUAUUCUUCGAGAGAAAUACAGUGGUGUUCAAUCUGAGGCCUACAUCACUACAGCAAGUGCGGUGUCAGUCUUACCUCAGAAUGAGAGCUCUCCUUGUAUACACUUUUUCACUGGAACCCCAGAUCCCUCAAGGUAAUAAUUUGUGUGAUGGAAAUAUAAUUUUGCCUAUUUUUACAUGAAAGGUUAGAUUUCACCUUGAAUAUGUCGUGCAAUUUUCAGAACCUGUUCUCAAGAAGGAUAUAAUGGAACUUCAGAUAGGCAACAAGAUUAAAGAGGGGAAUAGAAAAUAUUAGAAACUUGGGGAAGAGUAGAACAGUUGGGGAAAUAAAUGUCUCAGAAGGGCUCUGAUAACAUACAACUAUACAUAGUGACAGUACAAUCAGCUCUCUUGUGACCUGUUCGUUAACAGGAUCGUACAAAGGAGGAGAGCUCUUGAGACUUGAAGAGAGGAGAUUUUGUACAGAGGAAAUUAUUAUUUUAUUAUUUUUUUAUUCUUUAUUUUUGCAUUGACAAAUAGUGAUGUCCCGAACGGUUCGCCGCGGACUCAUCGAGUAAACUUUGACCCUGUACCUCACAGUCAGCAGACACAUUCCAGCCAAUCUGCAGCAGACCCUCCCUCCCAGACCCUCCCACCUCCUGGACAGCUUACUAAGAACGCAGCUUCACAAUGAAUGUAAAAUGGAUGCUGUCCAGGAGGUGGGAGGGAGGGUCUGCUGCUGAUUGGCUGGAAUGUGUCUGCUGACUGUGAGGUACAGGGUCAAAGUUUACUCAAUGAUGAGUCCGCGGCAAACCGUUCGCGAACCGUUCGGGACAUCACUAUUGACAAAGCCUGCAAAAUAUCAACAACAAAAGGCUUGUGCACAAGCCAUUUCGUCGAAUAUAUAGCAGUGCAGAUAUAAUGCAGAAAGAUAGGUAAAUACUGUUAAAACAUGCAUUACAUCAAACAAUGGUAACUGACUUGCUCAGUCUGUGAAGGUUUUUCUUCUUUACAGCAUUAUAGUAACGUGACAAACGUCAAGUAUACUGGGUACAUAUUAUUGUAACUGUGCUAUAGACUUGUAAUAUACAUAAUGUCCUUCUUGUAAUGUUAUAGCAGUGAUCCCGCCUGUCGGGACCCCAGGGUCUCCAGAUUCAGAUGUGUCGCGAUUUAAUCUGAUACUGGGGUAAGCUGUGUUGGAACCUAAAUAUCAACCACAGGUUGUACAGGCUGUAUCUGGAACGUGUAGAGUAUUGUUAGUGUAUACUUUGCCUGAGGAGUGUUUCAGAGUCCCUUUCUUGGGUAAGUGUUGCCCGUUGAGUGCAGAGGAAAUGAUUUUUAAGAUCAACAUAGUUUUGAAGUUCUCUGCCCAGAAUGGUUGUUUUAUCAGAUAUAGAUGAUAUCUAAUUUUUUUUUUUUUUUUUGAUAAGGAGGGUUAGUUAAUAAACUGGUUAGAAUAGAUAAUAUAUAAUGUUGAUCCAAGUUGAAAUUGGAGCUUAGAUAAGUUUAUCUUUAAAUACUAAUGAGCAAAGCGGUAUGCAGAGUUACCUAGUAAGAAAAAUGUCAACAUGGACAAACUUUUUUUUGUAGUAAAACAUGUCAUGGGUCAAAACUAGAGAAUGUAUAACAUAGUACUGUAUAACAAUGAUGUUCUAUAAUUUGUUCAAUAGCUUUUACUACACUGAGGUAAAAUGGAGCUAUCAGCAAUCUGAGACAGUUCCUAUUUAAUAGUUAAAGGAACACUAUAGGAUCAGGAACACAAAUAUGUGUUCCUGACCGUAUAGUGUUAAACCCACCAUUUAGGUGGCUUGCCCACCCUUAGAAAAUGUUAAAACUCUCCUUAUUUCCAGCACCGCGCGGGUCCGCCGACGCUGGCCCGCCCCCGAUCUGCCUUUCUUGAUGACAUCAUCAGAAGAGAAAGCAUUGAAUUAGCUGAAAUUGGCAUGGGGUGGGGCAAAAUACAUUUUGGCCAAUCAGCACCUCCUCAUAGAGAUGCAUUGAAUCAAUGAGGAAAAUUCAUAUAUAUAUAUAUAUAUAUAUAUAUAUUUGGACACAAAUGAAUCCUGAUAGCCCAUGGCACUUAUAUAGUCACAUGUGAGAUGUUCUCUACCCCAGGGUUUUUCAUUACUAGUUUCUAAGCUGGUGCACUUAGCAAACAGUGUAGGUGUGUAUGCCUGUUCUAUUGUUCGUGCUCUUUCAGGGAUGCAACUGAGGUGGUCAAGUCAUUCUCUAUAAAUGCUCCGCAGGCAUUAUAGGAUGUUUACUCUUACAGGCGAUUGUAAUGACCCAUUUGGUUUCAUUACACAAUGUGAAGAGUGAUAUUAAUCUUAAAGGGACAUGCAUCACUUUGAUACAACUCAAAGCUAGAGGCGCUUCCGCGAUUCUCACUGUGAAAAUCAGUGAGAAGACACUGGACGUUCAUAGGAAAGCAUUGAUAAUGCUUUCCUAUGGGCGGUUUGAAUGCGCAUUCGGAUCUGACGUCGGCAGGGUGUGGAGAGGUCACCAGCGCAGAGGGAGCUCGGUGCUGGAGAAAGGUAAGUGGCUGAAGGGGUUUUAACUGCUUUUUCAUAAAACUCUUAAGGUUUCCUUCCCCUUCAGCCCAGCGGGAGGGGGGCCCUGAGGGUGGGGGGGACCUAAUGAACAAAAUUAGUUUGUUUUCCUGGCACUAUACAGUAGUGGUCCUUUAAGUGUGUGGCCAAAAAAACAAAAUAUCUUAUCGAGGUUACUAUGAUUAUUAUUAUGAUAUUUAUAUAGCGCCAUCAAAUUCCGUAGCGCUUUACAAUGGGUGGACGAACAGACAUGUAGUUGUAACCAGACAAGUUGGACACACAGGAACAGCUUACAUGCUAGAGGGAGUGGGGUAAAAUUACACAAAAAGGUAAGGAUAGUAUUACACUAGUGACAGUUGCAGAAGAGGAAUCAUUCAGGAGCUAUUAACAGUUUAAUUGAUACGCUUUUAUGAAGAAGUGGGUUUUUAACGAUAUUUUGAAGGAGUGGAGACUGGGUGAGCAUCUAACGGAGAAGGGAAGCGAGUUCCACAGGAAUGGUGCAGCCCUCAAGAAAUCUUGAAGGCGAGCAUCAGAGGUGGGAGUACAGACAGAAGAUAGACGUAAGUCUUCAGCAGAUCGUAAAAGCCUAGACGGGACAUACUUGUGUAUAAGGGAGGAUAGAUAGGUGGGAGCAGCAUUAUGUAGAGAUUUGAAAGCAAGAACUAGAAUUUUAAAUUGAGCUCUAUAUUUUAUAGGAAGCCAAUGUAGGGACUGACAGAAGGGUGUGGCAUGGGAGGUGCGGGCAGACAGGAAGUUGAGCCUCGCUGCUGCAUUCAUUAUGGACUGUAAUGGCGCAAGUUGGGAGCACGUAAGACCACUGAGAAGCGGAUUAGAGUAGUCAAGGCGAGAAAGUACAGUGGAAUGGACCAACACCUUAGUCGCAUCUGGCGUUUAGUAGGGGCGGAUGCGCGCAAUGUUUUUGAGAUGGAAAUGACAGGAUUUGGCGAUAGAUUGAACAUGAGGCUUGAAGGAGAGGUCGGAGUCAAAGAGAACACCAAGGCAGCGAGCCUGCGUGGUGGAGCUGAUGGUAGCACUGUUGACUUGGAAGGAGACAGACACAGGAGUAACAACACUUGAGUGAGGAAAGACCAGCAUUUCAGUUUUGGUCAAGUUUAGUCUAAGGAAGUGGGCAGCCAUCCAGUUAGAAAUAGCAGAGAGGCAGUCAGAUACACUAGUCAAGAGGGACAGGGAAAGAUCAGGAGAGGACAGGUAGAUUUGCAUGUCAUCUGCAUCGAAAUGAUAUUGGAAGGAGCUAAUGAGUUUACCAAGGGAGGCAGUAUAGAUGGAGAACAGUAGGGGACCAAGGACUGAACCUCGGGGGACACCAACAGAGAGAAGUUGGGGAGAAGAAGCAGAGCUAGAGAAAGAAACACUGAAAGAGCGCUGGGAGAGAUAGGAGGAGCACCAGGAGAGAGCAAUAUCUUGUAGACCGAUAUUGAUAUUGAUCCCCAUGUAAGUAUAGGUAGAAUUAAAUGUUCUCCUUAUGCUUCCAUCAAAUAUGCCCAUGUGGGAGCAUAUCUAGUUAAAGGUGAGCAAUCUGUGGCUGCUCAAAUGAUCGUACCCUAUCCCCUAGGCACCGUGAUAUGGGGGACUGUUUCUUGAAGAGUCGUACAUGUUUUAACAACACUUCAACUUUUUGACCCCAUCGCACGUAUGCAAGGUGUUUGUCUUAUCUCAGUAUACACACUUCAUUUAAAUCAACACAUUGAUGGCUCUUUAGGUAAGGAUGUUUGGGAUAAAAGGUAAGAAUAUAAUGUGAUAAUAAUAACCCAUCAAUGUUUUCUAUCAAUGUAAAAAUUUACAGUGUAAUUGGAUACACAAUUAUCAGGACACUAGAAUUAUUUGCUGUAAAAUAACUUUUGUUGCAUGUAUCUACAUACCCAUCUCAUAUAUCUUCAUACCCGUUACAUAUAUCUACAUACUCAAUACAUAUAUCUACAUACCCGUCUCAUAUUUCUUCAUACCCAUCUCAUAUAUCUUCAUACCCAUCUCAUAUAUCUACAUACCCGUUACAUAUAUCUACAUACCCGUUACAUAUAUCUACAUACCCAUUUCAAAUAUCUACAUACCCAUCUCAUAUAUCUACAUACCCGUUUCAUAUAUCUAAAUACCCAUUUCACAUAUCUACAUACCCGUUUCAUAUAUCUACAUACCCGUUUCAUAUAUCUACAUACCCAUCUCAUAUAUUUUCAUAUCCGUUUCAUAUAUCUACAUACCCAUCUCAUAUAUCUACAUACCCAUCUCAUAUAUCUACAUACCCAUCUUAUAAAUCUUCAUACCCAUUUCAUGUAUUUACAUACCCGUUACAUGUAUUUACAUACCUAUUGCAUAUAUUUUCAUACCCGUUGCAGAUAUCUAAAUACCAGUUGCUACUUAUUUUUAUUCCAUUCUCUUCAAGGUCUGUUUUUAAACCUUUUAUCUUUGUGGAAGACGUGACAGUGGUACCCAAAGCUCACUCAUCGACCCUGAGAGAUGAAUCAAGCGAUGACGGACAGACAAAGUGGAAACACGAACUGUACAAAAGCCAUGAGCAGGCCUUGUCUUUAAUAGAAAAAGAUCCAGUAAGCGAUUGAGGUCCAAUGUCUGAUUGCCAUCAUACCUUAUAGAUCUAAUCCAUUCUACUCACUAUAUCUCUUUACAUACAGUAUCUCACAAAAGUGAGUACACCACUCACAUUUUUGUAAAUAUUUUAUUAUAUCUUUUCAUGUGACAACAUUGAAGAAAUUACUCUCUGCUACAAUGUAAAGUAGUAAGUGUACAGCCUGUAUAACAGUGUAAAUUUGCUGUCCCCUCAAAAUAACUCAAGACACAGCCAUUAAUGUCUAAACCAAAAAAAGUGAGUACAUGUAACAUAUUCUUCCUCACCUUGCGGUAUCUGCACCCAGCGGAUCCACUGCAAAAUAUACCCCCAUGUCUGCUCACGUGAUUGACGAUGUCGGCGUGCACGUGACCUCACACACACGCUGCGCGCGCACAUUUUGGGGUCAAAGAGCGAUUUCAGCCAAUCAGAAGGGUAAAGCAGGUAUUUAAACACAGAGAAACCCUUCCUCUUUGCCCUGUUGUGGUUUCCCUAGUGGUUUUCCGAAAGCGCGUUAUUUUUUUUCUGGUUAUUAACUUUGGCUUUGACUUCCCUGUUUUCUGGUAUCCCUGACCUCUGACUUUCCUUUAUCAUUGUGUCCCCUGACCUCGGCUGUUUCUCUGACUAUUCUUUGGUACAUUAGUCCGGCCAUUCUAAGGCUCAGUAUACGUUACCUAUUAGUCUCCUGUGUUACACAAUUCUACAUGCUGGAUCAUACUGUAAUCCUGACAGUACACCCCUAAGUGGAAAUGUCCAAAUUGGACCCAAAGUGUCAAUAUUUUGUGUGGCCACCAUUGUUUUCCAGCAUUGCCUUAACCCUCAUGGGCAUGGAGUUCAUCAGAGCUUCACAGGAUGCCACUGGAGUCCUCUUCCACUCCUCCAUUAUGACAUCUGGAUGUUACAGAUCUUGCGCUCCCCUACCUUCCAUUUGAGGAUGCCCCACAGAUGCUUAAUAGGGUUUAGGUCUGGAGACAUGCUUGGCCAGUCAAUCACCUUUACCUUCAACUUCUUUAGCAAGGCAAUGGUCAUCUUGGAGGUGUGUUUGGGGCCGUUAUCAUGUUUGAAUACUGCCCUGUGGCCCAGUCUCUGAAGGGAGGGGAUCAUGCUCUACUUCAGUAUGUCACAGUACGUGUUGGCAUUAAUGGUUACCUCAAUGAACUGCAGCUCCCCAGUUCCGGCAGCACUCAUGCAGGCCCAGACCAUGACACUCCCACCACCAUGCUUGACUGUAGGCAAGAAACACUUGUCUUUGUACUCCUCACCUGGUUGCCUUGAUGUCAUCUGAACCAAAUAAGUUUACCUUAGUCUCAACGGACCACAGGACAUGGUUCCAGUAAUCCAUGUCCUUAGUCUGCAUGUCUUCAGCAAACUGCGGGCUUCUUGUGCAUUAUCUUUAGAAGAGGCUUCCUUCUGGGACGAUAGCCAUGCAGACCAAUUUGAUGCAGUGAUGCGGCGCAUGGUCUGAGCUCUGACAGGCUGUCCCUUCAACCUCUGCAGCAAUGCUGGCAGCACUCAUAUGUCUAUUUCCCAAAGAUAAUGUCUGGAUAUGACGCUGAGCAUGUGCACUCAAAUUCUUUGGUCAACCAUGGCGAGGCCUGUUCUGAGUGAAACCUGUCCUGUGAAACCGCUCUAUGGUCUUGCCCACCGUGCUGCAGCUCAGUUUCAAGGUCUUGGCAAUCUUCUUAUAGCCUAGGCCAUCUUUAUGUAGAGGAACAAUUCUUUUUUUUCAGAUCCUCAGAGAGUUGUGUGAUCCUCAGAGAGAGUGUGAGAGCGAUAACACCAAAUUUAACACACCUGAGACCUUGUAAAACUAACGAGUCACAUGACACUGGGGAGGGGAAAUGGCUACUUGGGUCCAAUUUGGACAUUUCCAUUUAGGGGUGUACUCACUUUUGUUGCCAACAGUUUAGACCAGGCUUCCCCAAACUCCAGCCCUCCACAUGUUGCCGAAGUACAACUCCCAUGAUUCUAUGAAUAAAGUAGAUAAGCUGAGAAUCAUGGGAGUUGUAGUUCAGCAACAUCUGGAGGUCCGGAGUUUGGGGAAACCUGGUUUAGACAUUAAUGGCUGUGUGUUGAGUUAUUUUGAGGGGACAGCAAAUUUACACUGUAAUACAGGCUGUACACUUACUACUUUACAUUGUAGCAGAGUGUCAUUUCUUCAAUGUUGUCACAUGAAAAGAUAAAAUAUUUACAAAAAUGUGAAGGGUGUACUCACUUUUGUGAGACACUGUAUAUAUAUUGUGCUAAGUAUAGAUUCUCAGUGUUCUCAUUAGGGUUAAGUUGUAUUAAAAAAGAAACAAAUGUGACAGAAUAAAGGCUAAGUGAUUGGUUGACUGUUUUGUGAUGAUUUGUUGAUUGAUGAUAUUCAUUAAUUCAUCAAUUAUUUUAAAUCGUAUAUGUAAAAAGGGCUCCCUUGAAUACUGAGAUUUGUGACUAUUGUUUUACUCAAUAAUCUACACUUACACCAGUGACUUAAAAUAUAAUAUAUUUACUUAACAAUAGAAUGCAUGUACAUGGUGGUAAGAGAAUCUGACACGCAAGGCUACUCAGUCUAUCUAAUCUAUUUUAUUAGCGGUAUGUGUGCGUAGUAAGAAUCCAUGUUCUCUCGAUGUUGUCCUGUCUUUUUAAACUGCUUCCUAUACAACACAUACAGUAUAUACAAAACUGCCACCGUCCUGACUUUGUGUCCAGUCACCUUUGGGUAGGCAAAAUCCAGAAUUUGCAUUAGUUACCUCUAGGUGUCCAUAAUGUCCACAGUAUGACAUGUCUCAACUUCAUCUGACCUUCAGGGCAAUAAAUGGAUGAAUCUCUGAAAAUGCUUCUCCAGUUGAGAUAUUAUCUCCUGCAUACUUUAAUUGCAGUUAUUUCAGGAGAAUUCAAUGUACCAGUUUGUGGUUCACCAUUGUUUGUAUUGCUAUUAGGAAAGAUAACAUCUCAGGCCUCUCCUGCUAUUGUGCAGAGGGGGCUUUAAUAAAGGUGCUGGGGGGCAUCCUUGGAAUGUUAAGUUUGGGUGUGAUAUCCAUCAGGACUGGUUUAGUCUGGAAACAUCUAGCAACAGAAGACCAAUUAUUUUGCAUCUUAACCCCUUAAGGACCAAACUUCUGGAAUAAAAGGGAAUCAUGACAUGUCACACAUGUCAUGUGUCCUUAAGGGGUUAAACCCUUCAUUUGCCAUCAGCUAGACUUUGGAACUCAACUGAAGUGUUGUACGUUUAUAACAUUAGAUCUGCGUAUCUCUUUGUUGUUUUUUCCCCUCUCAAACUGACUGUUUCUGGUUCCAUAUAUCUAUUCUUUUUUUUUUUUGCAAGGAAACCACAUGAAAAGGUCAUAUUUUUCUCUAAGCAGUAGUACAUUGUACGUAUAGGGUUCCUGUAGAUAUUUGUUCUGUAUUGUGAGCUACUCAGGGUCAUUAAAGGGGCUUUCCAGACUGGAGUGAACACAUUUAAAAUGCUUUUUAUUGAAGUCCAAAAUAAUAAAAGAUUUAAAAAAGAUGGUUAGAUUUGAAGUUGCUGAAUUGUUACAAUUCUUUCCCAGCACAUGAUAAGGAUUGCCCUGGAUUAUGUAGAAGAAGAAUCCUGCCGAAUAUGCCUUAAACAUACUGUAGGGCAACCCUUUCAUGCGUUUUCAUAAAUAUGACAAAAUGAUAUGUGUCAAUGGUGGAUGUCCAUGGUGAAUAUGGAAACCCCAACUAUAUGCAUUGGCUGUUAAUGAGCAGGCGCUAGCGUCGCUGACUUCUCACACGGGACAGUUUGAUAAACAUGUGCAAGAAAAUCCCAGAUUCUUAUUUUUCAUGAGGAUAAAGCAGAACUUUAAGGUUUUGUUUUCUUAUAUUUUUAGGAACAAGGAGAAAAGCUGAUGAACACUAUGCAUGAUCUGGAGAAACAAGGCUUGGAAGCCAUGGAAGAUAUACUAAAUAGUGCGGGGUCUUUAGACCCGGCAGAAGUAGUGGAUCUUUUUUAUGACUGUGUUGACACAGAAAUCAAGUUCUAUAAGUGAAGUAAGUUUUUCAGUGCAAGUUAGUAUUCCACCAUGGGUGUAAUUAACCUAUUUCAUUUCUCUCUCUAACAAACGAUUUCAGCCACUAGCUGGAGAAUGCAGCACUUUCACGUUUGGGUUUUAUGGCUGUUGGCUUUCAGUUUACAUAUCCACAACCAGACAGUUCUCUAUCAGACAACUCAGCAAAAUCAUUAAGGUUUCCAUCCUGAAAGCUACGGUUAGUAGUUUAACUGUGAUGGUCACUGCACUGCUUGCUACCUCUUUGGCCAAUUACCUCUUGGUUGACUAAAAUGAGGGAGAUAACUUGUGCACACACAUUAAGGAAUCCCUUUUCAUUCCUAAAUAAAAUAAAAUCAAACAUAUUUAAUUCACCAUUUAGUGAUUGAAAUCAAUCAGUUUCCAUGUUAUAUGUUUGGUAAAUAAAUUGUCCAGCCACCGCUCACUGGGAGCUGUCCCCAGCAAAGUGUCAAAACUGCCGCAAUCCAUGCGUUUGUCAAGAUCCUGUUUCACCACUUUUCUUGUGAUAGCUCCGAGUGGAUGGUGCCUGGGCAAUUUAUUUACCAAGCAUGUAAUAUGGAAAUUGACUUUAAUCCUUCAGGGGUGAAUAUAAUAUAUUUGAUUUGAUUUGACCAUCUGCCUUGGAUGGAGAAUGAAAGGGAUUCUUGUUGGGAGUUGCCCUGAGUACUGGGAUUUGCUUUUGUUUACCAUAGAACAUUUUUUACAUCCUGUGAUUGUGGUAAUCUGGGUAACUUCCACAUUUGUUUUUUGACUGGAAUAAGGGCCAUAUAUUAGUCUUUGCUAAUCGUUAACAAGGAGCAGGAUAUAGACCUGUGCCAUCCAAUGCAUAUAACGUCCAUCUAGUUACCAGGAACUUAAUGUCCUCACAAAGAAGGGGUGUUACAAAAAUAGAUCCUAAGCUGUCGUAAAGCUGCAACUACCAUGAUGCUUUGUCUGCCUCAAAUUUGGCAAUGAAUCGCGGUUGUUGUUUUACAUCAGCUGUUGUUCUUUGGUUUGGCCAACCCUGUUUCAAAAUAUGCAUAGGUUUCCCCACCACACUGUGAAUACAGUACCGUGCUUUAAAGGGCCAGUCUAUGCACUAUACACUACUACACUGUUUUCAAGCUGUUUGACAAAACCAGGGGUUACCAAGAAAGCCUGGAUCCCUAAAUUUGGAGUUCCUUAUUGCUUUCAGUCACAUUGUAAGAAAGACUAGCUUAAAGGAACACUUUAGUGUUAAAAAUACGAAGGUGUAUCCCAUGUCCAAGAAAGGUUUAAAAAAACAAAAACAUUUCUUUCAUUUACCCGAUUCCAGUGUCAGUGUCCCUCGGUGCUGGGUCGCGCUCCUCCUCUGAGGAGGACAUCAGCCAGUGGGGAGAACCUAAUACAUAAUUCACAUACACACGCAUAUUAGGCUUUCCUAUGGGGUUUUCUCUGACGCUGAAAUUCCUCAUGCAAACUGUGAGGACGUUCAGCAAAGUUUUGCGGAGUUAAACUCUGUGAAAAUGCAGGAAGCGCCUCUAGCAACUGUCUAGUAGACAGUCUUAGUACUGCAAUGUUUCUAUAAAACAGUAAAGUGUUACAUUGCAGGGUUAAGGGAACAGGGACACUACACCCAGACCACUUUAAUGAGAUAUGGUGAUACACAAGAGUCUGUAUGGGUUCCCUGCCAGACAAAAGGGGCACAAACAAAAACAAUAGUGUAAGUGCUGUACUUACAUAUAAAAAGAAAAAAAGAUUAGAUAAGAAAGAUAACAACCUCACAACUUCAAAAGAAGAGGAGGUAAUGUGGCCUAACAUUACAUUAUUUUAAUUGCAGGUGUUAGCUACAUUUAAUUAUUGAAAAUAUUUUUUAGUGACAAAUCCACUUUAGGGUUUAAUGAUUAAUGACCAGUGACACAUGAGGUGAAUUACACAGUUUGCACGUGCUACGACUACCAUUUAAAGGAGCACUAUAGCAUUAGGAAUACAAACCAGUAUUUCUAACAGUACAGUGUCCUUGUCACAGUUUCAGCCACCCCCCUCUGUUAUUCAUGAAUUUUUUUUAUUUUAUAAAAGCGUUUUACUUACCUCUCUACCUCCUGUGAUGUGAUCAAGGAGGCGUAACUUCCUCCAUCGCUGGUCCACUCCUGUGCAUCUUAUAGAUAAACAUUGGCUACUUGAUGCGCAUGUGCGGCAAGCAUCCAAUGCUUCUCAUUGGAAGGCAAUGAAUUCCAUACUCCCCUAUAAACUGCAAUGUUACGUGACUGAAUUUUACUUGGUCAGUGCAAUGGAAACGUAUCCAGUGUCUGUCUGCAGUUUCUCUAAAACCGCAGUGUUUUACAUUAAAGGAUUAAACUGAUUGGAGCACUGCACUCAGACCACGUGAUUGAGAUUAAGUGGUCUGCGUGGUUUUAGUAGUCCUUUAACUCACCUUUAUUUUAAUACUAGUAUUAAAUUUUCCUUUAUUUUAUACUGGUUACUGUUUAACUCACUUUUAUUUCUGUAUUUUUGGUAAAUUAGGUGAAAUAAGUAAAUGUUCUAAAUGGAAUGUUUGUAGUACAGGAGAGUUGGCAUUUUAUAAUAUUUAUAGUGUGAUAAUUUUAAAAAAUUAGCAAUAUGUCUAUGUCAUUUGGGCUGAAACUUACUUAUUGUGACAUCUGUUUUUAAUUUAAUGUAUAUAUUUAUUUUAGAAAACAUGGACAAAACCCACCUUUAUGCUAGAAGAAAGAGAUGAUUUAUUGGCCAGCUCCAGUGGGUGAUUUUCUUCUAUAUCUUUCAUUCCACCAUGUUGUUCCGUGUUUCUAGAGUGAAGAGAAUGGGCUUCCGAUGAUAGGUUUGUGCAUGUAGAUUAAUGAAUGUUAGCGUGUUCUGUGUAUGCCUUUUAUUGUUUGGAAAGAUAAUACCAUAUUAAAUAAUAAUACCCUGAGGACUUAUUUGAUUUCCUCCUAUUAAAGCUAUUUUUCACCAUUCACUGAACUCUGAUCCCAGACAUCAUGACUGAGUGACAUGUUUGUCCCAUAACUGUUACUGGACCAAUGCUUCUGUCACCUUCAGCCAGGUUCAUAAAGGAAAAUACAAUCAGACAAGAAAGAGCCAGAGUGAGCGUCACUGGAAUCUGCCAUACAUGAUGUGAAAAGGCCUGUAUUCCCCAAAUUUGCUUCUGGAAUACCUUUGUGAUUUCUGCCUUUCUAAUUAGAUGAAUUCAUAAUUGUUAAAUGAUCAUACAUUACUUAUUCAUGACAUGUGUAUACUGUUAUUUGUGUCUAAAUGCCUUACCUAGAGUACUAAGCCAUAAGCCUUUUUUUUUUCAUUCACUUGGUGACUUAUUUCCUGAGGUGAGAAUUAAAAGGUAAAUGUGACAACUGAUCAGAUCUUCUUUGCUGUGUCAUGGAAUUUAAAGCUUUGAAGAAAUUAAGGAACCGAACACCCAAAACUAGAUUGUGACCUUUCUGUUGUACAUUAUUUACUACACAGAUUACUACAUGUGGUCAUCCAAGCCACGUUCACAAAUGUCCU